AGCCGUGCAAGUGGUGGUGGUGGUUUUAAGGAGGGGCGGGUGUUCACAAGCAGAGCAAUGCACCCGCGGUGAAGAGAGCCUUCCCCCGGCUUGCACCUCACUGACGACUCGCAUGUGAACAGCAGCGGCCCGGAUGGGUGGCACACUGCGGUGACAUGGACCAAUGGGAUGACGCAGCAGCUCAGGAUCUCCUAUUCAUAAAUGAGCUCCUCUCAGGGAAACAUUGCUUCUCACAAAUACGCGCAUUGCAUAGGAUUUAAUACCUCUGGUACGGACUUGUUUUUAAUGAAAACAGGUUGGACUAAAUGUCAGAAGAACGAAAUAAAUGAUUUGGUGAUAUUCUUCUGUAUUAUCUUGCAUUUAGGUGAAAUAUUGCCCCUCGUAUGUACAUACAAUUUAUAUGUAUGCUAACAAAGGAUUCUUCUGAAGUUUUUCUCGUUUUUUUACACGUUCUAUUGAAGAACUAUAAAUAUAUAACUCACUACAGUAUUUUAUGUAUAAACAGUCACCUAAAUCAAGGAUGAAAUAAUUUUAAGAUAACAUCUGAUAACAUGGUAUUGUUUUGUGCGUUCACCUAGCUAGCGCCAAAACAUCAAACGAUUACCCGAAGCGGAAUUAACUAGUUAAAAACGACAAGUCCACUAUAGCAGCGUGACAUCCGGCAGGGUCCGCGUGCCUUUCAAAAUAAACGCUUUAAAGCAGUUUAUUUCAAAGAGUAACCUAGCGUUUGAAUAAAUAUAUACGAAUGUGUUCUAGGGCAAUGCUAAAAAAAAUACCACCACCAAGAAAAUUCCUCGAAACAUUACAACUUUAUUCUCUUAAUUUCACCUUUGGCCUUAACAACACCCCUACCCCCUAAAUAUCGCCAACAUUCAGUCCUGAAAUCACUUAUCUACAAAAAUCUAAAACAUUUGACGGUUAGAAUCAAAUAAAUAUAACAAUUAAACGAUGUGUUCUUUUUGCGUAAAUUACUGCCGGAAACGGAAAUGUCGAGCUAGACGACAACUACAACUCGAUAAUAACAUCAAAUCCGGUGGGGUCUAUGGCUCUUUCAAAACAAACGACAAAGUUUCUAUGAAAAAGUAGACGUUCCAAUAGCUCUACAAGAGUAUUGGGACAACACUAAAACUAACAAAAAUAAUAAAAUCAAGUUAAAUAGUAUGAGGAUAACGUAUUUAUUUCACAUUUAUUUUCAGAACAUGACAGCUUUAUUCUUAAUGUUUAUCUGUCUACCUAAUGUUAUGGCUAGCAAGUCUGCGAUCUACAAAGAUAAAAAAAAAGAAACACGAAAUUUCCUUUCUAUGUUGUAAUACUGUCGUCAUUCAGCGACGUAAGGCUCUAAUUGUAGCGAUUAUGCCUUUAGACGUGAUGGCUGAAAGGGUGACGUAAGGUGCAGCCAAAGGGACGAACGCUCCGAAUACUACCCUGACGACAUACACACGCUUUAAUUGUGAAGUGGCCCAAACCGGAAGUUUCCUUGUUGUUCCUGCUCCGGCAGAUCACAGGGCGAAUGAGAAAAUCAAUUAAGUUAUGAAAAAUAGCAUUAAUUGCCUUUCUUUGUCGCCGAGGCUCAUGAAGAAAUGGCGGCUCUCCAGACGUGGUGCACUCUCGGAGAGCCACGUCGCUGCUAAUGGGGCGCACUGCGGCGACAAACACGCCACUCGGGGGGAGGAGUACUUUCUCUUUUUAGAAUUGCUGGGAAACCCCCACACUGAUGUGAUGGUUGUGGAAGUCUGCAGGAAGACGUUUCAAACAAAGGAGAGGCUGACUGGAAGAUGCCAAGAAAAAAACAGCAGAAUCCACAGCCAGUCAAGUCGGAUUCUAAAGAUGUUGUAGCUGCCGAAACUCUGGGAAACCUCACCUUGGACGCAGACUUCCUUCUAGAACACGACCUUCACUUUGCUGAUCCUUAUCGUGACCACAAGUUUCUGGGCCUGGAAAAGUUCUCAGAGGUAGCUGCUGAGAUCGGUUUCUCCGUGUUUCCUCUGUGUGAUGAGGACAACCCCGACUGCAGCCAGCUCAGCAUGGAUAGCGAAACGGAAAACUCUCACAGCAGCACACCCGACAACGUAAGGGAGGAUGAGGGCCGCAUGGGCCGCUCCGAGCCCGCCUUCCCCCCCUAUCUGUCCUGCCGGGGCUGCGGCCAGCUCCGCGACGACCCCCUGGGACACCUGGUGGGCCCUUACUGCCUACGCUGCUGCAAAGCCGCCAGGGACGUCAAGACCACGGACUUCGCUUACGGAAGCCUGAGCGGGAUUCACCCCCACGCGCAGCUUGACGGGAUCCCCAACGGCACGGCCGACGGAGCGCUGCCAGGCGACGACAAGGCCAAGCUGCACUCAUGCCACCAGUGCGGCUUCUCAUCUCGCUACGCCAACCACGUCAAGCGCCACAUGAAGACGCACAACGGCGAGAAGCCCUUCAACUGCCCCAUUUGCGCCUACGCCUCGGCGCAGCUCGUCAACCUGCAGCGACACCUGCGCAUCCACACGGGCGAGAAGCCCUACAAGUGCGAGAGCUGCGCCUUCGCCUGCAGCUCCCUCGGCAACCUCAAGAGGCACCAGCGCAUGCACGCGCCCAACACCGGCGUGCCAGGGGGGCAGGACGCCUCACUGAGACCCGGCAGCGGGCCCAGCGGCCCCAAGAGUCACAUGACAGGCCAGAGAACCAGCGAGGAGGAGGAGGAGGAUGAAGCUGCCAAGGAGGUUGCAGCAGCCUCAGCUCACCUGAGUCUAGCAGUCCAGAAUGCAGACUACCUAUCGGUCUUGGAGAGCCUAAAAGGGGCGUCGCCACAGCCCACGCCAUCCUCCGCCCCGGCCCCCGGCGGCAGGUCGGGCAGAGGCGGCGGCGCGGCCCUGUCCUCGUCCCUCCCCUACACGUGCCGCCUGUGCGCCGUGGUGCUGGAAGACGAGGACGGCUCGUCUGCCCAAAUCUGCGCCAAGUGCACGCUGGAGAUGCUGACCAAAGAUUCGUCGUCGUCGCCCGGCAGCCCCGUCGAGCGCACCGACAAAGUGUACACGUGCGCCGCCUGCCCCUUCCUCACGCACUACCCCAACCACCUGGCCCGCCACAUGAAGACGCACAGCGGCGAGAAGCCCUACAAGUGCCCGCAGUGCGACUACGCCACGGCACACUUCGACAACCUCAAGCGCCACCACCGUGUGCACACGGGCGAAAAGCCCUACAAGUGCCACCUGUGCGACUACGCCUGUGGCAACCUGGCCAACCUCAAGCGGCACCAGCGCGUGCACUCUGGCGCCAAGCCCUUCCAGUGCGCCAUCUGCAACUACAGCUGCAACCAGAGCAUGAACCUCAAGCGCCACAUGCUGCGGCACACGGGCGAGAAGCCCUACAAGUGCCAGGAGUGCGGCUACACCACGGGGCACUGGGACAACUACAAGCGGCACCAGAAGAAGCACGGCCUGGCCACCGACGGCUGGGUCAAGGUGCCCAUGACCGGAGGCCGUGACCAGGACGACGUGGCCAAGGGGACGAGGGGCGGCGUGGGAGCGGCCGCCCACAUGGCGAGGGAGGGCGCUCAGACAUUGCAGCACUCGUGCUACAAACUGGAAAUGGUCUAAAGACUGGUUUUCUAUAGAGCCUAUACAGUAUAUCCUCUCCUUGUCCCAACAUGGUGAUGCCUUUCGGGUGGACUGUUUGUCUUCUGUCGCUGUGCUUUGUGUCCAUCCCGCUACGUUUCUGUCCUUACUUCCAGCAUUUAAAGACAAAUACUCCAAGGGAGUGGUGCAUGAUGCUUUUUGCCUAAAAAAUAAAUUAAUUAAAAAAAAACAAAAAAAACCCCUACACAAUAAGUAAGGGGACAUGCGUCCUUGAACGCAUCAUUCUGUUUGCAUCGGCACUCUGGUGACAGUGAGCCUCGGAAUGAACCAACUGCUAGCAAAGAAGUGCUUCUUAACACCACUGGAAUUGUUUUAUGGGCGAUGCAGAAAUAAAACUAUUUUAAGCCCCUCAAGACUUAUUAAAAGAUGAUUUAAAGUUGAAGUGGUGUCCUAAAUGUUUGUCAUGUGUGUUUUUAAGGGGUUGUUUGUGUCCCUUCAUGCUCCGACUGUGAACUCAACCCACUGUUUACUUGACAGAACAAAAAAUGGCAUUAGAAAGCAAGCAAGCAUGUGUGCAAGUGUUUUAUUUUUCUACCAGUAUUACUCUAAUAUAAAUAUAUGGUUUUCAGUGGAUGUGCCAUGUAGUUUCCCCUAGAAGGAUUAGUUCAUUAUUGUAUGCAAGGGAAAUUUGUCCAGUUCCGUGUCCUUAUGCAGUGUCUCAUCAAUGCCUUAAAACCAGAACUUUACAAUAAAUGUUAUUGCAUUGAAUGUCAUACAGCGGACUCAUUUGUUUCCUCCAAUAAGAAUACAAAGCGUCAACGCUAGGUCCCUCGUUUAUAGCGGGUAACUGGU